AAUUCACCUCGAACACGCACUCUAAAGAAAAAUCUAAAUAAAUGAGGUCUGCAGCAUUAAGAAUGGCAGAACUGGAAGUUGGACAAGCGUUAAAGACAGUAUAUCAACGGAUGGAACAAGGGUUCUUGCGACGUCCUCCGAAUUCAUCUAAAAUUCCUCCACGCCUCGUUGCUGUUAGUAAAACUAAACCAGUUGAAAUGAUCAUCAGUGCUUACAAUAAUGGACAGUUGCACUUUGGGGAAAAUUAUAUUCAGGAGAUAGAAGCAAAAGGAAACCAUCCUGAUAUUGUAGCCCAAUGUAAAAAUAUCAAAUGGCAUUUCAUUGGCAACCUGCAGCGUAACAAAAUAAAUAAAUUACUUAAUACUCCAAAUUUAUUUAUGGUUGAAUCAGUAAAUUCCAUAAAGUUAGCAAAUUCUUUGAACCAGUCCUGCAGCAAAUACCAAUCCCUUGUGCCUCUCCAUGUGAUGGUUCAAAUAAAUACAAGUGCAGAGGAAAAUAAAAGUGGUUGUCAUCCAGAUGAGGUUAAAGAAAUUGUGGAAUUUGUCAUUAACCAGUGUCCCAACUUGAAGUUCUGUGGCUUGAUGACGAUCGGUUCAUUCAAUCAUGAUCUCAGUAAAGGCCCAAACCCAGAUUUCCAGAAAUUAAUCUCCUGCAAAGAUGAAGUUUGUGAACAUUUUCAAAUGUCUCCUGAGGAAGUUGAAUUAAGUAUGGGAAUGUCAAAUGAUUUUGAACAUGCAAUUGAAGCAGGAAGCAGUAAUGUUCGUGUGGGUAGCCUCAUUUUUGGUGCUCGUUCUUAUCCUGCAAAAGGUCAAGGAGACAACCAUCUCACAAAUAGUGAUGAGAAACCAAAAUGAUAAACCAAAACUUAAGAAGUAUUCUUUAUUAAACUGUAUGACUUAGAACUUUCCAUUUGACUAAAGUAGGAAACAAGAAUCAUUUUGAAAUUCCCUAAAGAGAUCUAUACAGCAUUCUAGUCUAUUACAACAUCUACAAGUAAACUGAACCAUAUGAAACAUGUUAUAUUCAACUGUUUAGCAUUCAGAUUACUCUGACACAUGUCAAGUUGAUUUAUUCACAUUAUUUUGAAUUAAUUAUGCAUUAUUUCAUAGCUUUGAGACUUCAAUAAUGCAAUUGUUUAUUUUUAGAAUGACAUUGUAGUCUAGGUACAAGAAGCUAGAUCUAGCUGGCUUUAACAUCAAACAGAUUGGAUAUUUUGGCUGAAUAUGUCCUGUUUAAAUGCUAAAGGGUUAAAAAUAAAAACUAGAAAAAAAUAUUGCUGUUAACUCUUUGGGAAAAAAAAAAGAUGUUUCCAUUGAGAAAUGUUUAAUAACGUUGACGAAAAUAAAACAAAGGAUUAAAUUUUUUUAAA